AUGAAAAGUACAGAAAGUAAGUAUGAGGAUGAAAGUGCAAAAAAGAACACAUUUGUUCAAUAUUUGGCCUGUGAUUUGACCCCUAAUCUGACUCCUACUAGUGCAGACAACAAGAGAAAGUGGUCCUUUAGGAGUCACUUCAGAAGGAAGUCACUGGCUGGAUCUGUGACCACAGUUGUUAGUCGAGGAGGAGGAGGAGGACCACCUUCAAAGAAGGAAUCUGCAACUUUCUAUCUCACUCUUACUAUUGAAACAGAGAGACAAGACGCUGGCGAGAUGUCAGAUGCAUCUCAGCAGACUGUUCGCUCAGAUUCUGAGAGUGUACUCUCAAGUGCAAGUACACAAGAGUACAGGAAGUCCAACACUCCCUCUAUAGCCUCCAUGACGACCGUUGGUUCCUCUUCUGAGACGACCGUGCCAUUGAGGCAGCAUCGUCCAGCAUCCAUCAUUCACCACAGAAAGAGCACUGCAAGUUGCAGCUAUGCACCAGUCAGGCCUAGGACAGCUCCCCCUGCCCCUCCACCAAAAGAGAAGGACAAUGAACCAACUACUGGAGAGAGUGAAGUGGAUGAGCACAGUAAGACCAGUGUAGCCUUGCGGCUCAAUCAACUCCUCUCCUCGGGACCCACUGCCCCGCCUGGAAGACGUGUCUUGAGGACUUCUGAGGGCUCCAGCAGUGACACAUCUCCUGUCCCUGUCCUGGUGCACCCUGAUGAUGGUGGCUACACAACUCUGCGUAUCAACAGUGUCAAAUAUGCCACAAUUAACAUGAAUAACAGUAGUAGUAUAGCAGAAGACUCCAGUGGUGAUGAAAAGGCAUUGAGUCCUGAGGUGACCAGUUCUGUGAUGCAUAAUAUUCCCCAGACACGCACUUCAGUUGUCAGUGCUUCCUCUCAUGGCUCAAGUGAAGGGUACGUCCGCCCAUGCGAUAUUGCAUCAGCCCCACCACCUCUGCCCGCAAGGAGGACUCCCGUAACCCAUCAGCCCCGUUUUAGACUUCCACCACCUUCCCGAUUAUCUUUAUCUCAACCCAUGCUCGUGCAGAUGCCCUCUAGUCUUCCUGAUGGGGAUAACAAUAGUUACUUAGACUUUAGCUGUGAUGCGUUGAAUCAAGAGGAACCACUGUAUGUAAGUUCGCACUUUGCUGAUGAACCCCUGUACCAGUUUUAUACCGCCAAGCUCCUUGAACGGGCUGCACAAAGUCAAGGAGACUGUUCGUCAGAGGAUGACUAUGAGGUCAUAAAUGACGGGCAGCACUCCAUUGGGGGGAAACUACAAACCCGACCCACUGCCAUGGAACUGGUUACCCCAGCUGAUGGUAGAAGAACCUUGUGGUGUGAACUUCCAGAAGUCAUUGAAAGUGGAUUGCUAAGUCAAAUUAGUACACAAGAAAAGAAGACCCAGGAAGCUAUGUUUGAGAUGAUCACGUCAGAAGCAUCUUAUCUGAAAAGUCUCAACGUUCUGGUCACACAUUUUGUACAGUGUCCAGAGUUUACUGUAGAUGAGGGAGAUGAUGCUGUCCUAAGUAGGAGGGAAAGACACAUUCUGUUCUCAGAUAUCCUUCCAGUCAAGAGGUGCUCUGAGCUAUUCCUAGCAGAUUUAGAAAAACGGUGGCAAGAGUCUGUGAGGAUUUCAAAGAUAAGUGAUAUCAUCCUCAAGCAUGCAAAUAAUCACUUCCAGGUGUACGUCAAAUAUUGCUCUAAUCAAAUCUAUCAAGAUAGAAUCUUAAAGGAACUCAAGGAAAACAACCCCAAGUUCUUAGAGGUGUUGAAUCGUCUUGAGUCAUCACCCGUCUGCCAAUCUCUUGCUAUGCACUCGUUCCUAAUGCUCCCAAUGCAGAGGAUCACGAGGUUGCCCUUGUUAGUUGAUGCCAUAUUUCACCGACUAAAACACGACACUCCUGAGUGGGAGGAAUGCAAAGCAGCCCUUGCCACUCUCACAAAGAUUGUUGCAGAGUGCAACGAAGGUGCUCGUAAAAUGGAACGCAUGGAAGAAAUGCUCAUCCUCUCAAGGCAGCUUGACUUCCGAGAAGUAAAGGCAAUCCCUCUUAUAUCUGCAUCCCGUUGGCUUGUCAAGAAAGGGGAACUGACUAGUGAGGAUCAAUAUAUGGUGCUUGAUUACUGCUCAAGAAACAUGGUGCAAGUGCUGGAGCUUGACGCUACAGACAAAUUCCCUGGCCGCAUUCUGGACGGCCACAAGAACCUCCUCAUCAUGACCAUGCUCCAGAAUCAUGAGAAUAAAACGGUAGAAAUGGUGGUUUCCUGUCCCAUGGAAUCUGACAGAACGAGAUGGGUCGAAGCUGUGACCCCGCGAACGUCGGAGAAUCCUGAUGAGAGAAUCUACGAAGAGUGGGACUGUCCACAGGUCCAAGCAAUUCACCCAUAUGUGGCAAAGGAAUCGGAUGAACUCUCGUUGGAAGUAUCUGACGUCGUUAAUGUGCUGAAGAAAAUGUCCGAUGGUUGGUACCAAGGGGAGAGGAUCCGCGACCAGGAGCGAGGAUGGUUCCCUGGAAGCUUUACGGUCGAGAUCUCCUCCAGCCACGUACGAGCACGCAACCUUCGCCAGCGUUACCGCCUUCUAGCAAUAUCCAGUUCGUUACUGGACGAGCUAAAAAGGGAAAAGGAACGCUUUGAGAAAGAGGAAAAGAGGAAAGACAGGAGGAGAACACUUACGAUGAAGGAGGUCAUUUCAUCUCAGGCUCAAGCACUUAAUUAA